UAAUUUAUACAAAAAUAAAAUUUUGCUCUACAAUUGUGUGUACAGAUACAAUUCCCGAGCGCUGUGCACUGAUGGAGAGUGUGUAUCCGCGACUGUAUCUCCACUGUAAGCAGAGAGGAUAUGAUUUCAAGAUGAUUGACUUGCGGGCUGGAGUCGGAGAUCCUGAUUCAGACCGUCAUGAUCUGGCAGAGAUGCACAUAGAGACACUCAGACGAUGUCAGGACACUGAGGGACCAAACUUUUUUGUGUUCACUGGACAGAAGCAUGAAAUACUCUCGCUGCCAAAUACUAUUCCCCAAGCAGAUUUUGAAGCAGUUCUAAAACUAAUGGAGAAAAACAAGAAGAAACUCUACAGGAGACAGUCAGACAUGGCGGUGGAGUCGCAGUCCUGUAUUAUUCCCGCUGACCACAACAGGAGUUUUGUGCUGGAAAGGGAAACCAAUUUAUCAGAGGAGAAGGAGCUUUCGGAGAGUUCAGCCGUCCUGAGUGAGAACUCGGUGUCCAGCAGUUCAGUGUCAGAUAGAGAAGAGACUCCACUGGCUCCGAGCUGGAUGGAUUAUGAUCAAGAGCUUACUCUCUUACAGACCUGGUAUAAGCUGGACACAAACACAGUUCCUGCUGUUUACCGCUUACUUCCUGUCAGUUCAAAUUACCCAGAUUUCCUCAGUCGGGAUGGGCACCGCAGGAAGUUGGGACGGAAGGCGUGGCGCUCGUCCUGUGUGAAGCUGCGGAGCGUGCUGUGGCGAUCUGGACCGGAGGCCAUCGGAGAAGAGGCCACUUGCCGUCUGCUGAGAACAGGCAUGUGAUUUGCUGACAUAGUGAGACACCCUUGAAAAUAUACAUUAUUGCAGAUUGCCUAGUCGCCAGUCCAUCCACAUGUGCAGUAGCUGCAGGAGUAGGGAUGCAACGAUUAUAGAUUUUGAUAUAGUCUGAGGAAUAAUCAUGGUUUCACGGUUAU